CAUUCUUGAGUUCUUGUUUUGAGUGUUUCAACUUUGUUAUAAGAGCACUAUUAGCUGAUUGUGGAACAUGUGCUAAUGAGGAAAUAUCUCUAGACUUGGUGUACAAGUGUGAAGGUAUUCUAUCAUAGUAACCAGGUGAACUUCAAGUGGAUAUUGGGACUAUUAUCCGGGAUUGUUUUGUGUUCCAGUCCCUCCCCGAUGCUAUAAAUGAGCACUCCCUUAUUACAGGAUUCAUUUAUCUGUUGGUGACUUCACAACUGGGCUGGAUAGAUGGAUAGAAUCAUACGUUUGGGGAAAUAUACAAAUAAAUUAUUUGCAUAUGGUAUAAUCCACAAAUGUCUGCCUCUUUUGGCUUUUACAUUUUCAUACAAUUAAUGUGAUUUAAGUUCAUGGUGAAUAGUCUUAGCUGGUACUUUUGUUUUGUUCACUCCUUCGGUAUGUUCACGCUGUCUUAUUGGCAGAUGCAGCAGCAAAAAGGGAGGAGUGCAGAGAGAGGAGAAAUAUAGUUAAGAUGAGAUAUAAAUCAACUCAGAAUGAAGACCUUGCAGCUGCCCGGAUCAUGGGGACUGAUAACACAACCAUAGAUAGUUCAUCUGGACUGGAAUCGGCUCUCGAACACAUUCACACAUUCUCUCUGGCUGUCUACUGUGUGAUUAUAGUGGUUGGGACAGUGGGAAAUGGUCUGGUCAUCUAUGUGACCGGCUUCAAGAUGAAGAAAACAGUCAACUCUGUGUGGUUUCUCAACUUGGCUCUGGCAGACUUCCUUUUCACAGCGUUCCUGGUGUUUACAGCAGUCUCUCUCUCUCAGAAGCAUCACUGGCCUUUUGGACAGUCUAUGUGCAAACUCAACAACUUUGUGAGCUUAGUCAACAUGUUUGCCAGCGUCUUUUUUCUGAUGGUCAUAAAUCUGGAUAGAUGCCUGUCCACAUGGGUGGUGGCAUGGGCACAAAAUGAGCGCACCGUCUUUAAGGCUCAAAUCAUCAGUGCUGUAAUCUGGUUUGCUGCAGGGAUCUGUAGCACACCUUCCGCCUGCUUUCGCAUUGUGACCUACCAGGACAAUGACACCCAGUGCGAUUACAAUGCUACCAUGCAACAAAAACAGUCUCUGUACACUUUCCGCUUUGUUGUGGGCUUCCUCAUCCCAUUCUUGGUAAUAUUUCUCUCAUAUGUGGCAAUAGGAAUACGUUCCAAGCGUCUACAAAAUGUGAGGAAACACUUAUCUCAUCGUGUAAUUGUUUUCAUCAUUGUUGCAUUCUUCAUCUGCUGGCUGCCAUUUCAUGUUAUGAGUUUUAUAGAAUUAGCUUCCAGCAAUAAACAGGACCUUACGAAGAUUGUUAAGAUUGGAGGUCCUUUGACUCUGAGUCUAGCUUUCAUGAACAGCUGCCUGAACCCCAUCCUCUACGUUUUCAUCCGAGAUGACUUCCAAAAUCAGCUUCAUCAGUCUGUGUGCUUUGUUGUAGAAAAUGCUCUGGCGGAGGACCUUUUGCCGUCUGCAUCCUCUCGUUUCUUGUCACCACAGUUGCUACGGGCUGAUAGAAAAUCAGAGUCCUCUGUUCCUGUCUAGGAGAAAUAUGCUGGAAUAUUACUACAGAUCUAGAAUGUAUAGCAAUGUAUGUACAGAGAAACAUGCAUGUGAUUUUUUUUUAACUUCAUUUAGUUUUUGAUGUUUUUUCAACUGUUGGUGACUUUAUUGUGUGUGAUUUUCUUAAAUGUUAAGUCUUCAAAAGAAAUAUUAGUAAUGUGUCAUGGCUUAUAGUCUAAGUUGACAAUCUGCGCACCACAUUAGCUCAGACUAUUCUAAAGUAAAAAAUUGAAGACUCUUUCCAUUGAUCUGUAUGCUAAACUUCCUAAAAAGUUUCAUAUUUUAGGAUGUCGCACGGUAUAGCGGUAGAGAUGGUUCUCUUUAUACAGAGAAUAUCACUAUAUACCCAGACUCAAAAAUAUUGAAUUCAUAAUACUUGUAUUUGUCUAAUUUGUGAAUAUGCACAUUUUGAUUAAACUGAGCUCUUUCCUUUC